AUGGCCGAAAAGAGCAGCCCAGGCGAAAGGAAUUCGGUGCAGUCCUGGGCGGAGGGGAGCGUCUGGUCCAUGGUAUGCGCGAUGGAAUUGGGUUUGAUAUCGGAGCCUUGUCUGACGAGCGUCUCGUUCGCCACGCUCAGAAGUGACGAGCCACUAACGAUGCAAACGAACAUAGCGAUCCCCAAAGAGUUCCCUCCGAUAACCUCAUCGCACGAGGUCGCGAAACGCUCCACGCGAAAACCUUCAUUGCGUUUGAGGAUCUGCUCGCAGCCGUUGAAGAAACCCACGGGAAAGUUGGCCAGCGUGGGUAGGAGAGGCGCGACUGUCAAAUCAACGACAGAGAAAAGAAACGUAUACGGAGACUGGAGGGUUCGAGAACUGGAUCGUGCGAGAAAUUCCACCGUGGAGGAUUUUUGGAAAUCGUGCAAAAGGAAACCUGGCAGACCGAGAAAACAGACGGAUCGAGAUUCCCAGGAUCACUUCGAUAAGGAUCUCUUCGGCGACAAACCUCCGAGCGUCGACCUAGCGUCUGGAAUCUGCACCCAAGAUUUCCCAAGUCCUAAGCAGACGGACGAGAAAAUAACCUCGAACGUUCUCCAAACCACGAAUACCCAAGGAAACACGCACCUAGAUCACCAGUUGCGCCGUAAAAACGCGGGGAAACUGAUCACGAGGGGUCGCAGGAGGAGAAGGACCAAGCGCAAGGCGCCCAGGAAAAUCAUCGAUAACGUCCUAUCCAAGGAGGUUCUCCCAAAAAGACACGAUUCCUUCGAUUCAAGUCAACGAAAGGAGGAAACCACCUAUGGGGACGCCACUGUGGACUAUCAAUGGGAUGACGAUAACUUCUAUCAGAGUCCACCGCCAAACUAUUUGCAAGAAGACACUUCGUCUAUAGAUGUCCUGGACGAUCCUCAGGAUUCGACAAUCCAGGAGAAUAACGAACAACUCCUGUCUACGUCCAUUGAAGAGCUACCGAAUGAUAUUCUACUGUUCGAAGAGCCCACGAUGGAACCAAUGGACGUCUCUCCAUCGAGUCCCCCUAGCCCACAAGGAUCGUUCUUCGGGUUCGACGAAAGGACCUGGCUGGACGACAUCGAUACCCAGCCCCUGGCCGAGAGAAUCCCUAAUAGAAGCAAAUGUUCGACCGAGGACGACGAGAAUUAUUCAACCGUCGACACAAGAUGUCGUCGCAAGUAUCCUGGCAGGUCCAGCAGCGAUUCUUGUACAAUUUCGACGGAUGCUCGCGGGACAACGGACGUCGAUUCCGCGGAGGAUUUGAAACGUUCCAGCGUCGACAAGCCUCGUAGACGAGGCAGAUCGAGCCGGAACAGUGGUGGUUCCGGGAGGAACGAAAGGAGCGUUGUCGUGGACAAUGAUAAUGAUUCUCGAUCGAGAUCGGCAGCGGGUGGUAUCGGGAGGAUGGAGAAGAAACGGGCGUUGGGUAUGAAAAGGAGCAAGAUAACUCCGAAUGGGAACGGUAUCGGAGGUUCUCUCAAGGACACGGUGAAGACCGCUGUUAUGCUUCGAGCGAGAAUGUUCCGAAACGAGGACGAGUAUCAUGAUAUUCGACGUGUGACGCGGGGAUCGACGAAAAUCACUAAAGAGAAUUUCGUCGGGAAGCUGGUCUGGGGAUGUUGCUCCGGAUGGUGGCCAGCGUUAAUUAUCGACGCAGACCAUGUAGGAAUGUUGUCCGAGGCAGGAAAAUUGUGGGUUUACUGGAUCGGAGAAGCUCGUAUAUCAUUACUGAACGAGAAAACUCAGAUCGAAUCGUUCAGGUCCAAUCUGACGCCUAGACUGGACCAGACCUCGAACGUGGCGCUGAGUCGAGCCAUCGACGCUACUAUGCAGAUGCUGCACAGGCAGUUGGGCUGCGCGUUGACGAAGCCUUACUCCCGAUGGAUCGAGAACAACUUCUCGGAGAUGAUCGACGAACUGAAGUUCUAUCCGUAUCCAGCCAAGGUGCAACAGAGGCUGGCCAGCCUGAAGGAGAGGAACGCCAGAGUCACCGAGAAAUAUCUGCUGGAUCAGAAGCGUGAAAGUCAGCCGAAAAAGCUGCCCGAAAAACCGAAAGAGUCGCCGCAACAGAGCAACAACGUGGAUUUAACGCGUUUGCCGCUCGGGGAACAGAAUCCCGGUGUGAUCACGUGGGCGAAAAUCGCCGGGCACAAUUGGUGGCCAGCGAUGAUUAUCGAUUACCGGGACUGUUGCAUGCGUGAGCCGAGCUUCGGUUGCCAAUGGAUCAUGUGGUACGGCGACUACAAGCUUUCAGAGAUCCAUCAUCAGUCGUUUUUGAGAUUCGACAAGGGUGUCGAAAAAAUGCGGGACUACAUAAACAACACCAAGAAGCACACGUUCCUCGUCGGCGUUCUGCAAGCUUCGAAGGAUUAUUGCUUUCGUAUGGGAUGCGAAACCGAUAAUUGGACGUUGGCGAACGUGUUCAAAUAUUUCUCGAAAAUGAGUCAGCCGCAAACCAGGCAGAAUUCGCUGAAAAAAGGCGGGGAAUCGGUAAAGAUAUACGACAAAUACUCGACGCACAUCGUCGAAAAGCUGAACGAGCUGAAGAACAACUCGAACGUAGACAACAAACGGGCGGACGACAUAAGGAAUAGCGAUGAUUUGCGUUCGGUGACAACCGGGAAAACUUCGCUGGAAUCGUUGUGCCUGAAGUGUCUGAAGAAUUCUGACGGACCGAUGGAGGCUCAUCCGUUCUUCGAGGGUUCUCUGUGCGUCGAGUGUUCGGAAGAAUACAAGCCCUGCAUGUUCGUGUUCGGGAACGACGCAAAAUGCUUCUAUUGCACGAUUUGCGCGGCGACCGGGACGAUGAUUAUUUGCGACAACGAGGACUGUCCAAGGGUUUAUUGCACCGCCUGCAUGAAACAUUUGCUCUGCACCACAACCUACGAGCAAGUGCUGCAGGAAGAUCCCUGGUCGUGCUUCCUCUGUAAAACCAGGUCCGGCACGGUGUCCGACACGAUCAUGAGGCCGCGAUCGAACUGGAAGGACAAAAUAAUCGAUAUGUUCCGGACGAAUUCCAACCCGAGCGUGCAUGUCGCCCAGCACACGGACAAAAGACGACGGAUCCGUGUUCUGUCUCUGUUCGACGGUCUAAGCACCGGCUUGCUGGUCCUCCUCAAGCUGGGCUUAGCCGUGGACGUUUAUUACGCGAGCGAGAUCGACCCGGACGCGUUGAUGGUCAGCGUCUCGCAUUUCGGCGACCGUGUCGUCCAUUUAGGGGACGUACGUGAUAUAACCAAAGAGAAGAUCAAGGAGAUCGCUCCGAUCGAUCUGUUGAUCGGCGGAUCACCGUGCAACGACCUGAGCUUGGCCAAUCCAGCGCGACUGGGCCUCUACGAUCCAAAGGGAACAGGAGUCCUGUUUUUCGAGUACUGCCGAAUCAUGAAGCUGGUGAAGAAACUGAACAACAGGCGCCAUAUGUUCUGGAUGUACGAGAACGUCGCCUCGAUGCCAACCGAGUAUAGAUUGGAAAUUAACAAACACCUGGGUCAGGAACCCGACGUGAUAGACUCGGCGGACUUCUCCCCCCAGCACCGAUUGAGGCUGUACUGGCACAAUUUGCCGAUAGAACCGCACUCGUUGCCGUUCCAAGGCGAGCAAGACGUGCAGGAUAUUCUCACUCCGCACUGCCAUCGAUACGCGCUCGUCAAGAAAAUUCGUACCGUCACCACCAAAGUGAAUUCACUGAAGCAAGGUAAAUUGGCUCUGAAACCGAUCCUGAUGAAAGACGAGAGCGACUCGCUGUGGAUCACCGAGCUCGAGGAGAUAUUUGGAUUCCCCCGUCAUUACACGGACGUGAAGAAUUUAUCGGCAACGAAGCGGCAACGAUUAAUAGGCAAAUCAUGGAGCGUGCAGACACUCAUCGCCAUUUUGAGAUCCCUUUGCCCCUACUUCGAGUGCAAUAUCACCGUCGGGACGCAGUUCACUGCGUCCUCGAACAUCCACGGCUAG